AUGUCUUCUCUCUCGCGUCGUGCCUGCUACAAAUGUGGCAACGUUGGUCACUAUGCCGAAGUGUGUUCUUCGUCCGAGCGCCUUUGCUACAACUGUACGAUUUCCCUUGGCGCCGACUUGUCCGAUGGCCGUACUGACGAACUGAAUGCAGGCAAGCAGCCUGGCCAUGAGUCCAACGGCUGCCCACUCCCUCGGACUACUGAGGCAAAGCAGUGCUAUCACUGUCAGGGCCUUGGCCACGUUCAAGCUGACUGCCCUACUCUACGCCUUAGCGGCAAUGCUACCAGUGGACGCUGCUACAACUGCGGCCAGCCUGGUCAUCUGGCGCGCGCGUGCCCUAAUCCAGUUGGCCCGAUGGGCCGCGGUGCUCCCAUGGGGCGUGGCGGCUUCGCUGGCGGCUUCGCUGGACGGGGUGGUUUCCCUGGCGGUCCCCGUCCUGCUACCUGUUACAAGUGCGGUGGCCCCAACCAUUUUGCUCGAGAUUGCCAGGCUCAAGCCAUGAAGUGCUACGCCUGCGGUAAGCUCGGUCAUAUUUCUCGCGACUGUACCGCUCCCAACGGCGGCCCUCUGAACACUGCCGGAAAGACCUGCUACCAAUGCGGCGAGGCUGGCCAUAUUUCUCGCGACUGCCCUCAGAAGAACGCCAGCGGGGAGAUCGCCCCUGAAGUCGACAUGAGUAGCGUUCCCGCUGCUCAGGCUCCAGUGGCUGCUAUUGCCCCUGUGGCUUAA